UUUUAGUAGAACGGUAGUAGACUGAUUGAUUCAAUUUCCGUGCGUGCUCCACCCCGAAAAAAAACCAUCAGUAAAGCUCGAAUUUUCGACACGACGACGGUCGCAACUUGCGGAACUUUAGCCUGAAGAUUGGAUUCAAAGGAAAAGCCAAACUCAGAAGAGGUGGAGGAGGAGGGGGAAAAUCAAUUUUCCUAGUUCCAAACACGGAAGUUGGGAAAGCAGUGGAGCGGAAGUCGCCCCCCUUUUUUCGGAUAAUCCAUACAGAGGGAAAAUUAUGCGUGAAAGGAAUUUUCCCACUUUCCACGAUUUCAACAACGACUUCGAGGUGGAGAAAACCCGGCAACGGUUGUGAAGAAGAACCCGGUGUGUGUGUUUGUGUGUCGUCUGUGGAAAAUCGGGGAAACCCGAGAAGACGACGGUAGUUAAUUAAUGGUUGAUUCAUACUAAUUAAAAAUUUUACUCUACAUAAUCGGGAAAAUUUGCGGGAAAGGAAAAUCCGCUGCUGAAAGCAGAGAAGGGAUAAAGGCGUCCCCUCCGGUUUUAAGAGUGAAAAUAGGAAAGUGUGCUGUGUGUUUAAAUAUUUGAUGAGGAAUGAUAAUUUUAAUUAAAAUUAAACUGGUGAUCACCGUAAACUGAUAAGACGUUUUUUCGUGAGUUUCGGGACCCCAGCGAGCCUUGUGUGAAAGAAAGGAGUCAACGUGUGCAAACAAAACCAUGGCUGUGAUAAUGUUUGGAAAAUUGUGCCUUCUAAUUAGCGUGCUGAUGGCUUCCGGCGUCGAGAUCGUACGUGGACAGGAAGCGGACAGUACCGGUAAUGAUGAGAACUCCGCCCUUGUAACGCAACUGUGCAACUUCGACAAACCUCUCCUGGACCCAUCGGACGACGCCGGCGGCAAGUUCUGCGGCUGUGACGUGGAAAGCUCCCCUCCGUGGGGCAUCCCGGUGGUGCUGAUCGACUGUCGUGAUCAUCACCUGCAGAACGCAAUCUUCCGCGCGGAGACGCUACCUCAGGGAACGAUCCGGGCGGACAUGUCGUACAACAAGUUUGUCGAGGUGCCGCUCUUUUCGGGCGAUAAGCUAAAGUACCUAAGUCUACGUAACAACGCGAUAACAACGCUGAAAGAUAAGAACUUUGCAAAUGUUAGCGGGCUGGUGGAGUUGGAUCUGAGUGAAAACGAAAUCGAGCUUAUCAACAUCGAUGCAUUUACGGGAUUGGUAACGCUGAGGCAGCUUAACCUGGCUGAAAAUAGAAUAACAGUGAUUCAGGCUAAUGCGUUUUCUCCGUUGCAACACCUGGAGCAGUUGGUAUUGUCACACAACCCACUUGGAGCGUUCUUGAAUGCAACAGAGAACGAUAUCUUCCUGAAGUUGGGCGUAACACCUCGACUCUCGAUCAUCGAACUGGAGAACUGCAGCUUAACAGUCGUUGACCUAACUAACGGGGUCGGUCUCGACCAGAUCGUUCUCAGUUACAACCAGCUGCUCAGCAUCCAGAAGCUCCCGAAAGCCGUAACCCACCUUGACAUCAGCGGCAACCCCUUCAAGACCAUGUCAGCCAAGUUCCUGCCCCACCUGUUCCACCUACAGCACCUUACCAUGGAGGACAUGCCGUACCUCUACAAACUCGAAGAAUACGCCCUGUUCGGACUGCCCCGACUCUCCCACCUCAACCUGCAAGGUUCCCGCAACCUCACCACCUUCGACCCGCACGCCUUCGGACGCAACGUGGUCCUCAACGAAACCGACACCGUCCUCCAGGAAUUGAUCCUCAAAGGCACGAGCAUCCGAACGCUCAACUCCUCGCUCCUGCAAGCCUUCGAUCAGCUCAACGUCCUGGACCUCACCGGGACGCCACUGACCUGCGACUGCAACGUCCGGUGGCUCAAAACGCUGAACGUGACGACGCACGCCUCCUGCACCAAGCCGAUGUCCCUGCGGGGUCAACAGCUGGCGGACAUCGCCGAGGACCGGCUGCAGUGCAAGGAGGAAAAGUCCUGGCUGUACACCGUGUUCAACGUGGUGUUGGUGGUGCUGCUGGCGGUUCUGGUGGGAGCGGCGGUGUAUUUGAUCUACUUGGCGAUACGGCCCCGUCGUCAGCAGGUUCAGCUUAGGAAUAAGGUCGGGGUGAACAGUCCGUACGCACGGGUGACGAUUGAGCCAAAUCAGGCGGAGAAUUUGUACUGAAAAAGGGUUAAAGUUAGGCAAUAAUCAUCGAAUGUAGUUUUAAUUGAAGUAAAUGUAUGAUGUGGAGAUCUAU